AUGACUACUGCGGUCUGCGAAGGUCUCUGCGCCAAUUACGCGUACUACGGGACGCAGUAUGGAACCGAGGUCUGCUUGGAGCACUGCAGCGCGUACCCGUACUACGGAACUCAGUAUUCGACGGAGGACACUUCCUCUGACGAGAUGACCGAAGAGGUCUGCGCGACGCAAUGCGCCGACUCGGCCUUCUACGGAACGCAGUACUCGAGGGAGAGUUCCAACAACGCUAUGACCGCAGAGGCCUGCGCCUCGCGCUGCAGCGGCUCGACCUACUACGGAACCCAGUAUUCUCAAGAGUGACAAAUCUCAGUCGAUGUACGUCUACCUUCUCCAACAUCAACGAGGGACAUGAGUGCACGGCACCAAUAAACGUCGAGGGACACGUGUUCAAGAUAUAUGUACAACAUAUAUCGGGCUUUCGUCUCGAAAGAAAAUAGAAAGCAGCCGUGGAGGCGGGAAUGAAUGGUGUGUCCACUUUGAACGGCGCCCUUUGCUUCAAUAUUUGAGGGUCUGAUGUGCGGAUGUUUCAGUACUUUUGGAAUUCCGCGGGCUCGGGAUGAGAAGGAAGGACCGAGAUCUCGACGAUAGUAAACAAGAAGUAGCAUAGGAAGCAGGGCGUCAGAGGGAGUAUGGCCAACUCAAGAUGGUCACAACAUGACAGACGUUUGGGUGGGCGUGUACAUGGUAGAGUAGGGGGGCAAGAGGGUGUAGGAACGCCGGAGGCACGGCCGCGAUCGACUAAGGCGUGCUUCCCAUUCGCCGCUCUCUAUUCUUAUAUUCAUGUCGGUCAGGGUGUCAACUAGACUAGAGACCGCCGGCAGGGCUAUCUCGGAAUUUGGUUGUAUCUGGCUCCGCGUUGUCUGGAGUGUAGCAAGGGGAGUGUACCAAUAUUGGAGUUGUCUCUGCAGGUUCCUUUCAUCUGUACGGGUGUAGGUUGACGUUGGAAGGGUGGUAGUGCUGC